UGUUGCAGAGCGGAUACUUGUUUACGCUUAACCAACACUCAUAUUGUUUUGUUUUGGCGCGAACAUAGUAAAAAGUGGACAUUGAAAGCAGCAGCAUUAAAUUUAAUUGCAAUGAGUUUUACGCGCAGUUCCCUGCGCUAUGCGCAUACUAAUGGCUACACAGGACUGCUGUACACUCCCAAAGGUGACUUCAUCAUCACAUGCGGCACCGACGGCGACAUACGCCACUGGACAUGUAUCAGCGACGAUGAUCCCCGAUCCACUUGCUUGGGCGAAUUCGUCAUGUGCAUUGCGCACACGGGCAGCCGCCUCUUGGCGUCCACAGAUCGCAACACUGUGCACGCCUAUACCUUUCCGCAAAUGGACAGCGAUGGAAUCCUCAUGCGUUUCACGGCGCCCGCAACAUGCUUGCGUGUUUGCGGUGAUUACACGGCAGCUGGCAGCGAAGACACCACCAUCAAAUUACUGCGCGGUGACAAUGCUGGCGCUGAGAUAACACUGGAAGGUCACAAAGGACCCAUUUUGGCGCUGGACAUGCACGUCGAGCGUCGUCUGCUCGUCUCAAUUGCCGGUGAUGGCGAACUCAAGGUCUGGAACUUUGAAACGGGUGAGGAACUGAAGAGUCUUGGUGGUCUGCCGCGUUCUAACAGCUUUGAGAGCACCAGCCUCUUUGGUACACCAUCCUUUGAGCCACAACGCGGCGAGCAAUUGGCUUAUUGCCUGGACAAGGAGAUCAUAGUGCUUAACACAACGAACUGGCAAGUCUCCUAUAGACUGCAGGAUGAGCGUGUGUCCAGCAACUACAGCUGCUGUCAGUUCUCGCCCAAUGGCGAACGCCUAGCAGCUGGCACCACCAGCGGAGAGCUAAGCAUCUUUGAUGUACAGCGUCGCAAAGCAUUGCAAGUGGAGACGGCUCCCAGUGAUUGCAAGGCUAUCACUUGCUUGGCCUGGAAUACGGCCAACGAGGAUGAGGUAGCCUUCUGCGAUUCCACCGGACAAUUGGGUACCAUCUUUGCGGGCGACGAUGAGCCACAGGAUGAUCUUGUUAAUGGCGUGGAAGCGGAAGAGGAGCAGGAUGAUUUUCUGGGUGGCAACGACUAUGAAUUUGAGCAGGGUGACGAGGACGGUGUGAAUGAGGUGGACGACGGCGAUGGUGUGAGCUUGGAGCAGCUUAAACGCAAGGUGAUGAGCAAGGCCACAGAUGACAUGGACGAUGACAAUGCGAGCCGACAUUCCAUGGCUAGCAGUCGAACUGCCCCAGCUGCACCUCAAUUGAAGUGGUUUAAGCAACAGGCGGCAUUCCAACCGGGAGCCACGCCCAAUGAGCUCGAGCAUCGUUACCUGGUGUGGAAUGAUGUGGGCAUCGUAACCGCACACACAGAACCCAGCGGCGAUGGCGCCAUUGACGUAGAGUUUCACGAUGCUAGCGUGCACCAUGCCCUGCACCUGAGCAACAACUACAAUCAACACAAUCUGGCCAGUCUCAGUCGCAGCGCCUUGGCCUUAGCCUCCACGGACAGCAACAAGCUGGUGGUGAUUGCUCUCGCAGCGGCCGGCAACAAGGAGUGGUCACUUGGCCUGCCCGAUUGUGAGAGUGUCGAGGCAUUAGCGGCCACCAGUCAACUGAUUGGCGUGGCCACAAGUACACACUUUCUGCGACUUUUUAGCGUGAUGGGCACACAGCGUGAGGUGCUCAGUAUUCCCGGGCCAGUGGUGGCAUUAGCCGGACACGACCAUAGUCUGUUGUGUGUCUAUCACGGCGCUGGCAGCAGUCAGACACAACAGCACUUGUCUGCCAUGCUGAUAAAUGUCAGCGGCUUGAAUCUGCGCGUGGAACAUUUCCCUGUGCCGCUGACCCCAGGACGACAGCUCAGCUGGCUGGGUUACACGGAUGUGGGCUCGCCUAGCAUGGCGGACAACAUGGGCCUGGUGCAGUUGUAUCGACGAGCGAGCAAUGCCUGGUUCCCCAUCUGCGACACCAUGAAGCAGAGUUCCAGUGUCUCAAAUAAUUACUUCAUUGUCGCAUUAUCGGAGGUCCGACAGAUUGUGCAGGCUGUGCUGUGUCGUGGCAGUUCGUAUCCCAUGACAAAUCCGCGUCCUAUGGUGCAGGAGUUGCGCAUGCAGCUGCCGUUGUGUGACAUUGAGGUGGAGAAGUCCGAGCUUGAGGACACGUUGAUGCGCGCCAGCAUAAUGCAAGUGGAUGGCGCCGAGAAGCUGCAAAAGGAAAUGGCCAUCAAGUUGUUUGCGCUUGCCUGCAACGGUGAGUGCGAGACACGAGCCCGCGAACUGAUCGAAACGAUUGCUUGCACCGAUCUGCUGCAACUGGCCGUAAAAUAUGCCUCGAAACGUGGACGCAUUCAUCUGUCGGAUCGUUUGUGCGAACUGCUGCCACAACUUGAGGCUGUACAGGAGGCGCGUAAGCAACAACAGCUUCUGGGCGCCAAUGGCAUUGCGGCAACCAUUGUGCUGCCAAUGGUAGGAGCGUCCACCUCUACGGCAACCACACCCAAACUAGCGCCCAAAGCCAUGGAGCUUAGCGCCUCGAAGCGAGGUGCUCUCAAGCGCUUCUCCAAUUCGCCAAGCCUUUUUAGAGCUGCAAGCUCGCGACCUGCCACACCAGAUGUCGCCACAGCAGCAUUGGACACCCAGGAGAAUAUGUUUGGUGAGUCCGAGUCGCAGCAGAGCGAAUUGCUGCCUAGCAAAGCGAGUGUCAACGAUGGCAGCGAGGAUCUACAGCGUUUACCACUCAACUCGGUCAAUCCGUUUGCCAUGAAGCGCAAGCUAGUUGAUACCGGCGUUAUAUUCGGAUCGGAGAAGCUAAAACUCGCCAAAAAGUAAACGUUUUUUUCAUUUUAUGCUAGCGUUAAGAUCAAACAGUUGUAGAAGAAAACUCGUAGCGGUUUUAUGUUUAAAUUUUAAAUUCGUAAUAAAUAAUAGUGUGACCGUCGAGA